GGCUCUGAGGUGGUUCCUCGGGCGAGUGCCAUGCCACAGCGGGGGGAUGGCAGCUUACGGGCAGUUCGUGGAGUACGGGGACCACGAGCCUGCGACCAACGAGGAGGCGGCCCAGAUGGCCCGGGCAUACCUGCUAUACUUGUUCGGGGCUUCUCUGUUCCCGAACAGGCGUAGCCGGGUGCACCUGUGCUAUCUAGCGGGCGUGGUUGACUUGGGACAAGCGGGACGCUUCGACUGGGGAGGUGCUGCUCUGUGCACGCUCUAUUGUCUUCUUGGAGCUGCUUCUCGCGGGGUCGGAGACACAGUUGGAGGGUACUGGCGGGUGUUUGAGCUUUGGGCUUACGAGGUUCUCGGGAUGUUCCCACCCGAGAAUACUUGUACGGACUCGAACUUACUUCCACGCGGCUUAGCCUGGGGUAAGGCGUACCGGAGAGCGAAGGAGCGACGUGGGGAGGUGAUGACUUUCCGGCGCUGGCUGGAUAACCUGACAAGGGUUGUGGUUCGCUAGGACAGGUGGGCGGGGAUGGAGGCUGACUUCCUUCCGAGGAGUCGGGAGGUGACACGGAGCAGGGUCCUACUGGAGUGCCCUCUGGGCUGGC